CCAUGGCGGUCCCGGAGGCGGCGCCCGUGCCUUGGGCGCAGCUUGAGGCCCCUGCGCGCCUCUUGCUGCAGGCGCUGCAGGCGGGGCCCGACGGGGCGCGGCGCGGCCUUGGGGUGCUGCGGACGUGGGCCGCGCGCCGCGGGGACCCCUUCGACUGGGCCCAUGUCCUCGAGGCGCUGUGCCGGGAGGAGCCGGUCGUGGAGGGGUCGGAAGGCCGCCUGCAGCUGAAGCCGCUGCUGCUGCAGUUGCCCGGAUUUUGCCGGAGAAACCUGCUGUGCCUGCUCAUGGCUGUCCACCCUGUGCUGCCCCAGGGCCAGCUCCACUCGCUGCUGCAAGUCGCCCGGCAGGACACGAGCCCCGACGCCGCUGCUGACCUCUGGCUCCGGGCCCUCAGCGCAUUGGUGCAAAGGGAUCUGAGGGCUGCCUCCUCCUCCUCCCCGCCCACCGUGUCCCCGCUGUCUGCAGCGUGCCAGACCCAGCUGCGCAGCCUGUGUAGGCAGCUGGGGCAGGGGGGCAGGGGGCUGCGGGCGCUGCAGACCCCAGACCCAGAGGAGACGCAAGAUGCCAGGCUGGACUCCCAGCGGCCGGCACGCAGGAAGGAGCCGGAGGACCCGGCCAGCCCUGGCGGAGAGAGGUCCCCCAAGAGGUUCCGAGGGUCGGAAAGUGUGGAGAGAGAAGUCGCCCCUGCAGAGCCGAAUCCAGAACCUGGGCCAUCAGACUCCCCGGCUGCCAGGAGCCAACCCGUUGGGGGGCCGGAGCCCGCCGAGGCUGGCCAGAAGCCACCGGACGCUGGGGGCCAGGCUGAGAGUGUGGCGUUGCCCAAAGCACUCCAGGACCAGGUCCCCAGGCUGCAGCAGCUGCUGAAGACCUUCCAGGAGGGGCUGGAGGGCGCCCCCCCAGAGGCGCUGCAGCUUCUGCAUGAGUGCGGCCCUGCCCAGGUGUCCCUGCUGUGUGCGCAGCUCGGGGUCGCUCAGCUGCCGGACACCGAACUCCUGCGGCUCUGCACCUGGCUGCUGGCCCUGUCCCCAGGCCUGAGCCUCAGCAACGCCACCGUGCUGACCAGGAGCCUCUUUCUGGACCGGAUUCUUUCCCUCACGUCCUCAGCUUCUCGCCUGCUCACAACGGCCCUGACCUCCUUCUGUGCCAAGUACCCCCACUCUGUCUGCAGAACCCUUCUCGGCCCUGUGCUCCAGGCCUCAGGACCUGUGCAGACGGAGCUGCUGUGCUGCCUGAUGAAGGACCCGGCGCUGGAGCCCGACGCGCAGCUGCUGCUGCUGGACCCGAUCCUGGAGCAGCCCUGGCAGGAGGGGACUUUCCUGGUGCUGCAGGCGCUCCUGGAGCGGCAGGUGGAGAUGACCGCUGAGAAGUUCAGUGUCUUGAUGGAGAGGCUCUGUAAAGAGGGCCCGGCGGCCGCUGCGUCCUUAGCUUAUGCAAAGCUCCUGCUCAUGGUGAUGACCAAGUACCAGGCGAGCAUCACCAAGAUGCAGAGGCUGGGCCUGGCCACAGCCCUUGAGUCCCACACCACUUUCCUGAGGAAGUCCCUGCAGGCUGCCCUCAGGCGUCUGCCUCCCUGACCCUUCUGCCACCAGCUUCCUGAAGGAUACUUGACACUUGGCCAUCACCGCC